GGAACUGCAGGGCUAGAGGAGAAGGAGAAGAAGAGAUCUCUGUGACAUCCUGCUUCACCUGUAUCAAGCAUUAGAUUAAGUCAGAAGAUGGAAAAUCCCAGCUGCAGCUCUGGACAGCAGACAAAACACACUGGUGACAAACCCUACAUUUGUGAGGAGUGUGGGUACAGGACAGAUGGAAAGUCUAAAUUAUGCAGGCAUAUGAGGACCCACACAGGAGAAAAACCCUACAAGUGUUACCAGUGUGACUAUUCUGCAACACAGAAAUGCACUUUGGAUAGGCAUCUAGCAAAGCACUCUGGUGAUAAGCCCUACAUGUGUGGGGAGUGUGGGUACAGGACAACUCUGAAGUCUACCUUAUCCAAACAUAUGAGAACUCAUACUGGUGAAAAGCCCUACAAGUGUGACCAGUGUGGGUACAGUGUAGCUAGAAAGUAUCACUUAUCCCAGCACAUGAGAACACACACAGGGGAAAAACCCUACAAGUGUGACCAAUGUGACUAUUCUGCAGCAAAAAAAUCCAAUUUGGACCAACAUCAUCUGUCUAAACACACCAAAGAGAAACCCUAUAAAUGUGACCAUUGUGAACAUUCUGCUAGAAGUAGAUCUGCUCUGGACUACCAUCUAAAAACAAAACAUACCGGACAAAAGCCCUUCAUGUGUGGCAUUUGUGGAUACGGGUCGGCACUCAAGUAUGGCUUAAUCCGGCACAUGAGAAUCCAUACCGGUGAAAAACCAUACAAGUGUGACCGGUGUGACUUUUCUGCAGCAUGGAAAUCCAAUUUGGACAAUCACUGUAAAACUAAGCACAACUGAGAAAAAUGACGUGGGUACACGACAAGUCUCAUCCCAACAUGUGAGAAUUCGUACAGAAGAAGAGCUGAAACCAUCAAGACAAAUAAACACCAGUGUAAGCACUACAACUAUGCCCCAUGCAUCUGCAAUGACAAAAUGUAGGCAGGAGAUACAUUUUGCCAAAUAACAAGUACCUAAGUGAGCAUCCUGUUUGGUGAGGAUUUGAUAACCCAUGAGAAAACAAAUCUUACCGGCCACGUCAAUGUGUC